AUGUCUGACUCCAUCGAAAGUCAGAUUGCGGCUCUUACGAGUUCAGUUCAAUCGAACCAGGUGCCUUUGGAUGAUGCUGCUCGGUUGAAAGCAAUCAAUGCUGCACAAGGCCUGUUGGACGCCUUGAAGUCUCCAGUUGAAAUUAUACUCCAAGAUGUAGUAAUGAAUCCACCACAGCUUAUGGCGAUUCGAAUGGGCGUACAAUUUGGCGUAUUCAAGCAGAUCGCUAGCAAUCCAACCCGCGCAACAACAACCAAAAAAAUUGCUGAGGAAUCCAAAGCAAGUGUCAUUCUUUAUCAGAUCAUGAGGCUGCUAUCCGUAUCAAAGUAUGUGAUAGAGGAAGAUGUGCAGGCAUAUAAACCAUCCGCACUUACCAUGGUGAUGGCGGACUCCACUAUUGAAGCUACGACUAGGGCAUGCUUCGAUAUCGGCAAUCUUUACACCGCAAAAGCCCCCGAGUUUUUCCGAUUCCAUCAAUGGAUGACCCUCAAACAACGAGCAACACCAAGCUGGGAUGACUGGUUUGGUUUUCAAGGUCAUGUCUUAGGUGGUUUUAAGAAAAGUAUCGCAGAAGAUGUUCUGCUGGUUGAUGUUGGAAGUGGUGAAGGGCACUAUCUGCAUGCUUUCAAAGAGAAAUUCUCUAACACACCAGGACGCGUCGUAUUACAGGACUUGCAACACGUGGUUUCAAACAUAAGUAACCCACCACAGGGGGCAGAAUUGAUGCCUUAUGACUUAUUUACCUCACAGCCUAUCAAAGCAAUGGAACCAGGUUAUUCUCGCCUGAUCAUCAACGAGCACGUCCUUCCUGACAGAAAUUGUGAUCUCCCCUCGGCCUGUAUGAGCAUUAUGGUGAUGGUUCAAGUAGCUACGUUUGAGCGAUCUGAAAAGCAGUGGCGUGAACUCAUUGAAUCAGCUAGCUUGAAGGUGGCUGCUUUCCAUCAGCCACCUGGAAAUGCUGGCGAGGAUGUUAUUGAGGUGAUGGAAUGA